GGACUGUUUAUUUCCCAUUCCUACAUUUCCCCCGUGUGUCUGCGAGAAUGGUUUAGCCUGGGUUUAAACCUUCAUGUUUGUGGAUUUUAAACCGAACAAUUUUACAGUGACUUGUAUUUUAGUCCUCAGCGUUUAAUUCUUCAUAUUUGGACUCAGUGAAUGAUCUAACUUUUGAAAGAACACAGACUCUUGUAGUCAUGUCAAAUCAAGGAGACAAGGUGGCUGAUGAUUUCCCCACUGACAUGCCCUGUCUGGAAAAACUGGACUCUCCUACAGGGAGCCCACCCACGGCCUCAUUAUCCAGUCUGAUGGAGCUGGGAAAUUGUGUUUCCAACUUGAGCCUCGCACACGAGAUAAUAGUGAACAGUGACCUCUGCUUCACCCCCAGGAUGCCUCGCACAGACAGUCUGGAGGGCAGAGUGACACAGAUCGUUCACAGAGCGUUCUGGGACAGUCUCCAGGAGCAGCUGAACAGUCACCCUCCCAACUACACUCAUGCUGUCAUUCUGCUGCAGGAGGUCAAGACUAUGCUUCAGUCCCUGCUUCUGCCUGGUCACGUCAGACUGAGAUCUCAGUUGGACGAGGUCCUUGACAUGGAUCUGAUAAACCAGGAGGUCAACCAUGGCAUUCUGGACCUUCCCAGACUGGCCGAGUACAUCACCAACACCAUGGGGUCUUUGUGUGCACCAGUGCGUGACGCGGAGGUCCGAGUGCUGAGAGAACUCAAGGAGCCUGUGGAACUCCUGAGGAACAUCUUCCGUGUCUUGGAGCUGAUGAAGACGGACAUGGUUAAUUUCACCAUCCAGAGUUUGAGGCCUCACCUGCUGCAGCAGGCCGUGAACUAUGAGAGGGUGAAAUUCCAGCAGAUUCUGGACAAGCAGCCGGAUUUUCUGGACAAAACCACUGCCUGGCUUGAGGCAGCAGUGGCAGAGGAGGCGUCUAUCAUCAGAGCUCAGUGCGAUUCUUCUGCUCCUGAAAGCCGAGGUCUCGUCAGCGCCACCGCCGCCCUCAACCGGGCGUAUAUGCGUCUGCUAAACUGCGACCCACAGGACGAGAAAUAUCCAGAGACUGCCCUGAUGGACCGAUCCCGCCUGGAUGCUCUGUGUCAGCGGCUCCGCAUGCUGGUGGUGGAGGCGUCCGUGUUGCUCCUGACUAAUGCUCAGUGCGGGGACGCCGUUUUCUCCCUGCAGGGGUUUGUAGGUAAACUCAGGCAGACCAUCGCUGCCGUGCUGGAGGGCAGUCACACCAGGGAGGCUGACCUGAAGGGGGCGCUGCUGGGGCUCGGGGAGACGGUGCUGCAGCAGGUGAAUGGAGCGCUGAGCAGCCGGGGAGAAGCAGAGCUGCCGCUGCAGAGGCAGGAUCUGCUGAGGGGACAAAUAUCUGACCUGUGGAAGCACAACAACACUGUCCGCACACUCAUAGGAGAAAGGGUAGAGGGCUUCCUCCGGGCGACGCUGCAGGGAGGCUCUGCUAAAGGGAGUGUACAGUUGGCCGGUCCUCUGAGGCUGGUGAGCACCGAGCUCACUGAGCUGGGGACGGCGUUUGGGCGAAUUGUCCACUUCAAUCGAUCCGUCUUCGGCCCCUUCUACGCACCAAUCCUCAGGAAACUCAUGUUCUCGCCUGGAGAGGCCAAGCCCGGCGAAGACUCACGCUAGGGUGAUGCCAACCUCAAGUGUCCUUUUACAUAAGCUGCCGUGUGGCAUCAAACAUGUAACUUUAAUGUAAAUACAGUGAGCGAGAAUGUAUAAAGCAAACCCAGUGGUGAGAUGUUACAACAACAACAACAAAAAAAAAAGCAGAUUAUUAGAUAUAGAUAUAUAUUAUUAUUAUUAUUACAGUUUGGUAAAACACAGGUACUUAAUUAUUACAGAACAUUUUAACAACCAAACAUUAGAUUGUGUGAAAGCAAAGACAGGAGUAACAGUGAAUAAGAAAAUGCCGCAGGAGUGGAAAAACUAGUCAAGAUAGAACUAUGAAUCUGAAAUUGUCUGUCUGGGUUUGUCAGGUUUAACUCACUCGUCCUCAGGAAUAGCAGAGUACCAAAGACUAAGUUUGUAAAUAAUACUGAAGAUGUUAUAUGUAGCUGCAUUCUAAUCUUCAUGCUGUAGAACUUAACCAACACAUUAUGCACUUUUUUGCUCUCUUUUACAUUUUUUUUGUUGUUUUUUUUCCCCCACAAACCAAAAAUAUACUCUUUUGUUUCCCCCACAAUAGUCAUCAUUAGUGAGGGUAAGUGAGCAUUUUGAUACGGUUGAAUAUCUGUGCUGUCGUCUGCUGUAAAUGCACAACCUAAAGUACUGGUUUCCAUUCAUUUCUAAUACAAUGUGAAAAAUCGUCAGGAGUCACAUAUAAACUGGACUUGCUUGAGUAAAGUUGAUGACAUUUUAUUUCACGUCUUAGCCAAGAGGCGCGUACAGUUCUUCAGAAUUUACUCCCAAUUGACUCAGUGUAUGUUGUAAAAUCCUCACAGAAAGCCUGUAACUUAUAAGAAGUGUCUGCUCUGUGUCACAUCACAAGAACGUAACAGUUACGCAGAGUCACCCUGAAUGUUUUCACAUUGUACUGAAACAGAGUCGGUCACCAGUGGAUUCUUUUAACUUGAGUCAAAACACACGUCGUUUGCAGAUCUAAUUUGUAUUCAUACUGAAAAAAGCCACCUGUGGUCUUUCACUUUCACAGAGCUAAGCAUUUAAAAACCUGCAGUUUUGAAAACAUCUUCCUCUCUAUGUUCCUUGUUUCAAAAAUAGAACGGAAGGAACAGAUCGAGCAAAGUUGGUGUGAAUUUCAGGGCAACUCGAUAUGACACAACAUGUGAUACAACAAAACCAUGAUAAAGCAACUCUGUGACAAUCCAUAUAUGGCUAAAUCAUAUCAUCAUCAUCAUCAGUCUAUAUAUCUGAAGGACACAAAAUGUCCCCAAAAAAAGAUAAACGUCACAUUCCCCUCACCACAGAGAGACAGCUGUGAGCAUAAUUGAAGGGAAAAUCUGUAUAAAUUGGAUUAAUUUUUAAUGCAAAUAUUGAUAUUCGACAUAAUAAUAUAUCAGGAGUCACAGUGAUUAUGUAUUGCUGUGUCAAUAUUUUGUCCAACCGCUAAUAUGAAAGUCUAGGUGACGUAAGACUUGUUUUCAUAUUUAGAUUUAGUUAUUUGGUUCGAGCUUUUGAGGAUACUGGAAACUUUGAUGCUUAGCUCUGUGACUUGAAUGCAACAUAAUACUGGUCCAAGCCUCACUGAUCACUAUUUAAAGGCGAAACAAGAAGAGUAUAAGCAGUAUAACACUUUUGUUACAGUUGUCAUUUGAAUAUUUCUCUUCUUUUUAUCACUCAACCAUAAAACAAAAUCAGUGUUGACAACA